AGGGAGGAGGCGUGGCUCGGGAGCCAUGGGCGGGAUCGGCCGAAAGCGGGGGUUACCGCCUCUCCCAUCAUCCUGGGCUUGGGCCGGGAGCAUGGCGCGCUGGCUCCGCGACCGGCUCCUCUUCCGCAAGCCGCCGCCUCCGGAGCCCGAUUACAAAAAGCCCGACCCGGAGGACGAGGAAGAGGAGACGAAGGGGUCUCAGCCGGACCUGGUGGCCGCCUAUCGGCUCCAGAGGGAGCGGGACUUCGAGGACCCCUACGCGGCCGAAGGGAAGGGCGACAAAGGUGCCGCUCUACCGCCGCAGCCGCCGCCGCGUCCCGAUCUACCCGCCGCCAGCGAAGGGCGCCGCUGCCGCUCCCCGAGGAGGCGCCUGAUCCGGGUCGAGGCGCAAGCAAUGGCGGCCUCUGAUUCAUUCUCCUCCCGGCCCAGCGACAGGAAGAUGUUGAUCCUGGAGGACUAUGCUGAUCCCUUCGACACCCGACAAGAGGCCGGAUCCAGUCCAAAAGCAGAGCAGGAAAGGGCAAAAAGCGAAGGCUACAUGGAGCCCUACGAAGCGCAGAGGUUGCUGGCCGAGAUCCAGAAGAAAGGCUCCAACGAUGGGCUCACCACUUCAAAGCCUUUGCACUUAUACGACGUUCCUUACGAACCGUCUGAGAACGGCACAGAUCCGGGGCCAUUGCCUGGGACCUCGUGCCGCUAUUCGUGGCUUCCUGAAGACGACGAGCGGCCGCCGGAGGAAUAUGACCAGCCCUGGGAGUGGAAGAAGGAGCGGAUCUCCAGGGUCUUUGCCGUUGAGAUUGAAGGGAACCAGGAGUUGCCGUGGCCGCCCCCAGUUGGACAGCUGGACAGCAAUGCGAACCACUCGGAGGUGGAGGGAUCCCUCGCCCUCCAGAACAUUCGCACCCGAUGCCAGUCUGCAAGCACCCCACCAAACCUCCAGAACGCCAGUCCCAGUUCCCCUGAUGCUGCAACCACGUCUAAUCCCUUGGAGGCCGACGGCAAAGCAGCACUGACAAACCCGUUGCCAUCUUGCAUAGAGAAGACUGGCAGCCCAUGCUGGUCGAGCGUGGAGCAUGGGCUGGCUUUUGGAGAGCGUGUCAACCCUGCUUUGCCGCUGGAGAGCCAGGCGUGGUAUCAUGGGACCUUGAGCCGGGUCGAUGCCGAAGGGCUCCUGCGACUUUGCAGAGAAGCCAGCUACCUUGUGCGGAACAGCGAGAGCAGCCAUGACGCCUUCUCCCUCUCCCUCAAGAGCAGCCAAGGCUUCCUCCACCUGAAGCUCUUGCCGACAGAAGACAACAAGUUCGUCCUGGGCCAGCAUAGCCCUCCCUUCGACAACGUCCCGGAGAUCAUCCACCACUACGCCAGCCACAAGUUGCCCAUCCAAGGGGCCGAGCACAUGUCCUUGCUCUACCCGGUCACCACACAGCCCUCCAGUUGCCUUGCGGCUGAGCAGUGAGUUCGGAGAACGCAAACCAGACUUUCUUUCAGGCCGUCUACAUGGUCUGGGACCGAGCAGGAGUGGGACCUCCGGACUACGGUUGGGAGAAGAGGAAUCUAAGGGUUGUUAUGGUUGGAAGUUGUCGCCAAUUAAAAUGGGACAAAUAUGGAACUGUGGAUACAAGAACCUUCCCGCCUUGUGAUGUAUUUGCAUUGAUACUUUGCAUGCUGGGUUCCCAUUUGGUUGGCCAAUUCCCGGCGAGAGGGAUCGAUACUCAGACUGGAGACGAAGUAUUUAUUUGACACCUUGAAUGUGUCACAGAAUCCUGCUUUUUGACGGCUUGAAUGUUCACAUAAUCCAGUGUUGCAUCAGAAUGGGCGGAUAUUCAUUCAAAUCAUGAAAAAAGGCACAUUACAUCUAUAUAUAUAAAAGGGUAAUGGAAUCAUGGCACCGGACAAAACAACUAAACUAAAUGCCCCACAACCUCGAAAAUUGACAGCACAACCUCUCAUCCAUGCCUCUACGUUCAUACAACAAAAAGAAAAGAAAAAGUAAGUCCUAGCCACAGCAAUGAGUGGCCAGGCACAGCUAGUUGCUCAAUAUCUCAGUUUUUCUUUGUAUAGGAUAACAGAGACCUGUGCCCCAUUGGAGAUGCAUUUGAUCAAGAGCGAGGAAGCAGCAAAGUUGCAACCCAACUGCCAAAACUCUGCCUCUAACUAUAUUUCAAGUUCUGUUCCUCUCUUUCUCUCGCUCGGCUGCCAUCUGGUGCAACAUAUGCCCAGCCGAGAAGAUCCUCACGGUUUUCUGUGAGCAGAUUGCAAUGGCUACGGGAUUUUUUCGUUUUGGCCGGUCAGUCAUGCAAGUGUGUGGAUUGAAGAGGCACACUUGGUUCCUGUCGCUGGUUAUGACAUCUCUGGUGACUAUUAAAUACGUCCAAACCUGGCAGCUCUCUUGAAUGUUUGAAUGGGCUGCAGACAACACUCCUGGCAUCUGGACACUUCUGGAAGACCGGUGGAUGAGCCCAUCAUCCAUGAAAGGUCCCAGGUUCAAUCCCUGGUAUCUUCUCCGGAGCACCAGGGAAGGAGGCAACGGAGGAGACUUCUUCAGGAUUCAACACUGGGCCAGGUGGCUUUGCAAAGGCAUCUUUCUGUGUUCCUGUGAUGAAAGCAUUUUGCAUGCCUCAGGAUCUUUAUUAUUCCCUAUUUACCCAGGAUGUGUUGUGAAGCCUCGUUUCACACCAGCCAGGGAGACUUUUGUUCCUGGCUUCUGUAAAGAAAUAAAAACAAACAUGAAACGGA